UGUACAUUAAAGCACCAAUACUUUAUAGCAUAGUAAAGGGCUCGUCAGUCAUAUGUUCUGGUGGAGACCAGAAUCUGAAAUUUGGUAUCCAAAGUCGAAACUGCAACAAACGGCCCAAAUAUCCCCCCUCUUCCUCCUGCAGGCCCGAGAGGCCCACGGUCCAGUGGGCCGGACCCGGUCUAGAAAGUAAAGACCGUCAUGGCAUCACCGUAGACAGCAAUGGCCAGAAAACCCAGGUUCCCCGCCGCCGUUUGCCCAGCCCGCCGUCCAACUCGGAGAAGAAAAAAUGACGGAGGACGCGAACGCGGUAGAAUCGCUGUGGGAAGAAGUGAGAGAACUGAGCUUCGGGACUUCAGUAGAACGACUGGACUCGCCGCCGUCACCGCUCGACUUCCUCCGCCGCUUCGUCUCCGCUAACAAGCCCUGCAUCAUCUCCAACGCCGUCUCUCAUUGGCCGGCACUCUCCCUCUGGCCGGACCACAACUACCUCACCCGAUCCCUCUCCGAUUCCCUGGUCUCCCUCCACCUCACCCCCGACGGCCGCGCCGAUUCCCUCGUCCCGCUCUCUUCCGGUUCCCCAUGCUUCGCCUCCGCUCACGUAGAGCGCGUCCCUUUCCCUCGCGCUCUCCAAUUCGUUCUCGACAGCAGCAGCAAGAGCGAGGAGGCGAGUACUCGAGAUCCUUCUGUCGCCUACUUGCAGCAGCAGAACGAUUGCUUCCGGGAGGAGUACUCGAAUUUGAGCGGCGACUGCGAUCCGCACAUAGCUUGGGCGACGGAGGCUCUCGGAUGUCCGCCGGAGGCCGUGAAUCUUUGGAUUGGGAACCACUUGUCGGAGACGUCUUUCCAUAAGGACCACUACGAGAAUCUCUACGCUGUGGUUUCCGGAGAGAAGCAUUUCUUACUGCUCCCUCCUACUGAUGUUUACCGGAUGUACAUUCGCGAUUACCCAGCCGCACACUACUCUUAUGAUCUGGAAGGCGGGAAAUUUAGGUUGGAGAUGGAGGAGCCGGCGAGGUUUGUUCCAUGGUGCAGUGUGAAUCCUUACCCUUCACCGGAGACGAAAAAAGUCGAAGUUUCUAAGUUCCCUAUGUAUUUCAAUGGUCCAAAGCCAUUUCAUUGUACGGUCAGGGCAGGAGACAUUCUUUACCUGCCUAGUAUGUGGUUUCAUCAUGUUCGACAGAGUCCAGACGAGAGAGGCUGCACCAUUGCCGUAAACUACUGGUAUGAUAUGCAGUUUGAUAUCAAGUAUGCUUAUUUCAACUUCUUGCAAUCGAUUCAUCACAGACCAAGAUCGUCAAGAAGCAGAUUGGAAGACUUGGAUGAGGAUGCCGAUGAAGAUGAAGAUGAAUAAACUCCGACAUUCCCAUCCAGUGGCAUGUUACAGUUUUGAGUACAACCCCGUGAACCAGUGACCCAUGAGAGCGAUUUGAGCUGUACGAGCAGAAGAUGGUUCGACCUUGAUGCCAUCAACUAUCAAAACAGAUUCUUGGAAUUCAUGUAUUCUACAGUUUAUGAUUGCCAAACGGUCGAAACCCUCAAGGAAUGAAUGGGUGAAAGUUAUACCCGAAGUUGGAGUGAUUUUUGUUUCCUUUCAUUUGGCACAAGUACCGUCUGUAACGUAAGCUGCCAAGGGUUUCUUCGUUUAAUGAAUUUAGGGUUCAUUA